AAGCGAUGUCAACAUGAGAUCUGUAGUUUUGGUGUUUGUUGAACAUUCGUAAAUUAUGUUGUAUUAUUAAUGAUAUACACAUAUAUGUUUGUGGAAACGAGGCUAUGUGCAUCAUCGUACGACCAAUUUUGUAAUUAAACACGUAAAAUACUUGCCAGAUAUGACGAACUUAUUUUAUGCACUAUGUUUCAAUGUGUUUGCGAUGCAGAUCUUAAAAGCCUUUUUAUGGUAUUUUCAUUAGAUUCUUAAUAAACUUUUAUUUAUCGUCGUGGCCCCACAGUCAUUAAAUUGGCUUAUUGCGGAAUGAAGGGGCAGUUCUAGCAAAAUAUGGGAGCUGAACAGAGCAAGACAAAGUAUAAUUCCAUAUUUAUGGAACCAUGUUGAGGAGUCCUCGCAGCAAUAUAUGAAUUUUGGCACGUAGAAGAAAACUUACUUGGAUCUUUUUAUCAUCAAGUAGAAUAAAUGAAUACAAACAUGAAUGUCAAUUUGUUUUGGGAACACAAUGUUAAGUGUGAGUUUUGUGAGGCAACUUUUGACACUCAGGACACUCUAAAGCAGCACUUAAGACUUCAUUCUCGAAGAAAGCCUUACAAAUGUGAUGACUGUGGUGCAAAAUUUUCAUAUAACAGUACUUUAGAAUGGCAUAAGAAGAGUCAUACUGGUGAAAUGCCCUUUAAGUGUGAUGAAUGUGGUGCACAAUUUCUGCAGAAUAGUAUGCUAGUGUGGCAUAAAAGAAAACACAGAAUAGGAGAAAGCUCACAAAGUCCAGCAAUUGUUGUAAAUAUGGCAAAUAUUUACCAUCAGCAAAGUGUACAGAAUUUUUCCAACAUGUUCAAUUUACCAGGAUUAAUGACAGCUACAAAUUCAGUAGCUUCAGGUACUGCUUCAUUGUCUGUGUGUACAGAAGCCUCAGGCACAAAUACAACACCUAAUUCACAUAUUUAUACUUCUGUGCCAACUCAUGUUAAUGCAACAGCAUCUUCAUCCUGUGGAAUUUUGUCAGAUUUAUUAGGCAAGAGAAAAUUAGAUGGUGAAGAAGGGACAUUUCGUUGUGACAUCUGUGGAUCAGUGUUUAUGCACAGUGCAAGUCUAAAAUCACAUAUGCAAAAUAAACAUAACAUGGGUGACAAUAAUCCAUUUCAUAUCCUUGCAAGACAACAGGAAGCUAGUGGUCAGAUAAUUCCACGGAAGAAAAUAAUUUUAGAAAAACCCUUCAAAUGUGAUCUUUGUGGUGCUGGAUUCAAUACGAAUGGUCAUUUAAAAAGUCAUCGACAGAAACACAUCAUAGACAGACCUUAUAAAUGUGAGAAAUGUGGUUUGACAUUUUCAGAUAAAUCUAUUCUUGAAUCACAUGAAAGAAGGCAUCAAGCUGAGAGACCAUAUAAGUGUGAUCGUUGUGGUGCAGCAUUUUUCCGUGAGAGUCAUUUACAAAGACACUUGAAACGACAUACUGGAGAGUUAGUUUGAUUUUGAUAAUAAGAGAGUUCUGUAAGUAGUGUAUGAAGAUUAGUUAAAUAGUUUUCAUUAUUCCAUUUUUAAAUUUCCUUAUAAACUUUAAAUGUUCCUUUAAAUACAUGAAAAUAAAGCUAUAAGACUAUAAGUAUAAUUUAUAUUGAUAUAUUGAGAGUUAUUUACACUGUGUAAUAUUAUUGUAUCUUAUAUAUAAUAUGUAGAAGCCAAAAGAGCAGACUUUAUAGGUAUGUAGAGUAACUUGUACCAAGGAUUUGUAUAUUUAAUUAAAAUAUAAUAGUAAUUUUAAGAUCAAUCAUUGUGUAGGAAUGACAUUGCUGGCUCCUUAAC